CCCUCUCCCUCCCUCCCCUCCCCCACCCCUUUCCCUUUCCACCUGGGGGCCACUCAUCAGGCCUGGACAAUCUUGAGGAAACAGAAACCCACCACCCUACUGCUGAGUGAGACAGGGGAGAAAGUGAGCAGGGGAGGGUCUCCAAGGGAUCAAAAUGACCGAACGGAGCCGGCGGACCUCAGAGGAGCGGAGGCUCUCAGAUGCGACACGGGUCCUGGAAUGGCUCGAGAGGAGACGUAACAAGGCCAUGCUCACCUCCAACAAGAAGGAAUCAGUGAAUCUUAAGAAAACCCAGGAUUCACUAGAUAACCUGAAAUCCAUGAAUGAUAACCUGCUGAAGCAAGAAGAAAGCAAACUGAGAAAGCAAUUGUUUAUUCGGCAAGACGAUGGUCCAUCAGUUUCCAAUACCACCUCAUCGUCAAACAGGAAGGGCUCUCUGAAAUGGUCACUUCAGGACAACCAUCAGGGAGGCCGGGACCGGAACCGCACAGAUUUGUCCGGAAGCUACACCCGUGAAGCCCGGGGCAGCAAUGGACGGGCCUCCAAGAGAGCAAGCGUUGCUUCAGAUCAGCGAUCCAUCAAAGAAAGCUCAGACGAGGCAGGCUCCUCCAGGCAGUCUUCCACCCGCCCUCAGAGCAGCGGAAGAUGCAGCUUCUCCAAAGGCCUAGACCCCAACAUCCUGCUCAUGCAAGAUGCCGCUAUGGGAUUCCCUUCUUUCCGCAAAGCCGCCCAGAAAGAGAGGAACACGAGGGGCUUCGUGCUGCCUGACUCCUCGAGUGGCUUCCCGGCGCUCGAGCGGAGGCUGAAGGACAUCCUGGAAAAAAGAGAAGCCCAGAAGCGUCAGGAUUCCACGACCCAGGUGUCAAUGAAGCCGGAAGAGAUUCUGAGCUGCCGAUACCUACGUCUCUCCAAAAACAACAUCAAGACUUUGCUCAAGCUGUGUAAGGAUGCAGGGAUGAAUGUAGAGAUCCACCCGCACAUGACGGAAUCCGAACUUAAUGCCAAGACCAUAUUUAACCGAAAUCCCAGCAUAUCCUUGUGAAUUUCCCAGGCUCUGCCCGCUUCACCAGGCAAGCGGACCCAUCUGCCCCCUACAACAUUCUGACAACACCACACUGCACUCCUGCCACUUUCCUGUGCCUGUCCAGCAGAACCUCUGCUUCACACUGAUAAACAGCAUUAACGAA